UUUCGUCGCCAUGGCCUGGUUGAAGAAGGGCGGCUGCUCCGACGGCGGUGAAGAAGGGUGUGCUAGCGCCGAUGGCCUGGUUGAACGACACGGGGAGGUAGCGGAGCGAGAUAUUGCCGGCCACGACGCAGGCGCAGAACACGGCCCCCAGCAGCGUCACCCUGGCCGUUGUCGUCGCUCCCCUCCCCUUCCUCCGUCCACCUCUUGUAUGCAAUCUGAUGGACCUUCCCCUCGUCUUGAUCUGCCGGCGGAGGAGAAGAGUGGGGAGGUUGUGGCGGUCUCUAACUGCCUCGAGACCGCGGCAGCGGCGCCGGCGCCGUCAGAGAUAGCCGAGGAAGAUGGCGGCUUGGACGACAUACUGAGCAAGAUGUAAACUGAUGUUUUCUAGAGGCCGGCAUUCUGAGGAGACAGUGAGCUGACAAUGUCAUGUUGUUGUGUAGUGGUUUUCCUCUAAAUAUUAGUUUCAGCAUAUAUUAGUUCAACUAUGUUAUUUCUGUUAUUUUGCAAAGG